AUGGCAGACCAACAACAGGCUCGUGGCUGGUGGUUCACCAAUCCUCACGACCCCGAGACCACGGAUCCGACACUACUCAAACAGAACUCGGAGAUCCGCACGUACAAGACGGAACGCUACACUUACGCCGGCAUCCGCACGUUUUACAGACGACACCCUCAGGCCGACCAGCUACCCAAGCCGCCCAUCCCAUUGCUGGUGUUUAUUCACGGUUUGGGUGGCUCAGUGGCGCAAUUCCACCCCUUGCUGACGAGCCUUGUUCACAUCUCAUCAUGUCUGGCGAUUGACAUGCCCGGAUGUGGGCGCUCCGAGUUUAGCCAAACAGCAUGGGACGCCUACUCCACGGAAUCUCUUGUGGAGCUACUAGAGGUCAUUAUCGACGAAUACCGCCAAAAGGAACCUGAUCGUAAUAUUGUCCUCGUCGGCCACAGCAUGGGCACUGCUCUGUGCGCUCAACUCACAAGCCACAACGCACCUCGCAAGUCGGACUUGCGCAAGCACAUCGUUGGACUUGUCGCGAUUUGCCCGUUGGCUGGGCCUCCGCCGGAAAAGAGGACGGCGUCUUUUCGGAAAUUACUUUGGGUUCCGGGUUGGCUGUUCAAUCUGUGGAGGCUAUACGACCGAUGGGGAGGGCCGCGGAGUGUCAGUGUUAGCCGAUUCGUCGGCCCCGAAGCAGAUUUUGAACUUCGAAAGCUACAGGAUCGAUUCAACAACCAGAGCCGCACGCCGGUAUGGCGCCGCAUGGCCUGGGGCGCCCUGCCGACUACUUUCGAGAAUGGCGUCGCAAAGGGAGGCGUGGCCGGCAAGCAUAUUUGGGCCGGUGUCGAUGUCCCUGUAUUUCUCAUCGGAGGAGAGGCAGACAACUUAACUCCUCCAGGGGAAGUCCACAAGAUCGAAGAGUACCUCUCAGGGAAGGCGCCUCUUUCACCAGAAACCGGUUCAGAGGACGGCGAGACCCUUGUCGACGCUGCCGCACCAGUUAAUGCAUCGAGCAGCCCCAGCGACCAUAUGCCCGAAAGCAUAGACGACAUUCGAGAUGAGGAUUUCCAGCGCGACAGACGACUGAACGAAGACGCAGACAUGGCUCAUGAGGACCCCUCUACACCCGAAGAAUCAUCACCGGCAAAUCUCCCGCCUCAGCCUAAACAUCCAACCAAGGUUGUCAGGUCGAUCAUUUUGCCCAAACCUGCCAACCAUUCUCUGCUCUUUACGCCUUCCACCGUGAGGAUUGUGGCGGGCAAAGUCUCGGACUUCCUUGCUGCCCAUGUUACAGGUCGAUUCUCGUUGGGGUGGCAGCUGCAGUAUCUCUCUCGCGAGGGCAAGUGGGAUGUGAAGAACCUGGCCAAGUGGAAGAAGGUCGUGCCAGUAUCUCACCCCAUCGGUCCCAAAGGCGAGCCGGCCAUCUUCAGAGCGAUGAAGACAUUGCGGGAGGUAGAUGACGUGCACUGCCCUGCAGAGUUCGUGAAGAACUGGGGAGAAAUCAUCAAGGAUGUUGUUGAUAUCAGUCAUGACCAGCCGGUCUACGAUCCUAGAAGCAUGGAGAAGGGCGGCGUGCGAUACCACAAAUUCGCCACGGUAUCCAAAAUUCCUCCUACGGAAGCCGAGGUCGCCACGUUCGUGGGUGUCGUUGACAAGCUGAGGGAACAGCAGAAAGAGAGGGCCGAACAGGAGGGAUGGAAGGAGAUUGAUGGACAGAGCCAGGUAAUUGGCGUCCACUGCCACUACGGCUUCAACCGCACAGGGUAUUUCAUCGUGUGCUACCUGGUUGAGCGGUGCGGGCUUGAGGUGCAGGAGGCGAUCGACACGUUUGCGAAGGCGAGGCCUAAUGGAAUCCGUCAUUCGCAUUUCUUGGACUCGCUGUUUGUACGAUACUCGGAACUGAAGCAGAAGGGAACGCAGGAGUAG